GGGCGGUCUCUGUGUGAGUGAGCUCUGGGCUAACACCGAAGCCGACGUGUGCUUUACUGGAGCUCCACUUCAGCGCGGCUGGACUUAGAACCAGAGCUAUGGUGCUGCUGGAAAACGACGCGUUUCUGACGGAGCUCACUCGCCUGUUCCAGAAAUGCAGGACCAGUGGGAGUGUGGUCAUCACCUUAAAGAAAUAUGACGGAAGGACAAAGCCUGUGCCGAGGAAAGGUCAUCCAGAGACGUUUGAACCAGUUGAUAACAAAUGUCUCAUUAGAGCUUCGGAAGGCAAGAAAAAAAUUAGCACAGUGGUCAGCACCAAAGAAGUAAUAAAAUUCCAGAUGGCUUAUUCCAACUUGUUGAGAGCACACAUGGAUGGGCUGAAGAAGAAAGACAAAAAGAGUAAAAGCAAGAAGACUAAAGCCACACAGUGAUGGACAGAGUAAAGAAAGAUAGAAAGAAAGAGGGGAGCUGUAGUUCAGCUUAUAUCCCAGGACCAUCUUACCUGUGCCACCCUCCACCAGACCCAAACCUUCAUCCUCACAGCUUGCCAACCUGGACCACCUUGUUUUUUUGUCCCAACAAUGGUGGCGUAUCCUCAUGAACAUGCUUUUUCAUCAAACCAGUGACGAUUAAGCGUUUCGAUGCAGUGCAGAGAGGGACGGCGGUCUAUUACUCUGGAAAAUCUUCCCAUCUUCCACCUUCAUUGUGUGAACGGACUCUAAAUAAGAAGGUUGUGUACGGAGCAUCUUUACCCCAUUUAAAACUGUUUAGUUGGUCAAGACUUUGUUUGGUUAACAGCAGGAUGUAAGUUGGUGCCAUACGGCUGUCAGUGAUUUAUAGAGCUUUAUUAGAUGAUAAGACCCUUUUUGUUUAAUUUGAAAACUUUUAAUUUCAUAUGUUCAGUGGAAGCUGUCUUGAUCUCCCUUCAUUAUGUUCAGUAUUGUGUCUCUGAUGUACAGAUAGAUCUCCAUCAGUUUUCCGCAGUUUUGUUUUUGAAACUCAGGAGUAAGUAGAUGUACUUUGUAUAUUUGAAAGACACUCAUUUUUUCUUUAUUAUAGAUUUAAUACAGAAUUAGAUCUUUUUUCUGUUCAUUUAAUAGCCGUGCCUUUUAAUGUUAACACUUUUAUUUUUUUUAGUUUAUUUAAACCCAGACCCUCCCCGACACAAAUGUAGGCAAUAGUUAUAGCAUUUGACAUCAUUCAUCUGUCCUUAACAGUGCAAUUAAGUAGAAUAAUGCAAUCUGAAUGAGAGAUUAAUUUAUGUUAAGUCCCAAAUUAAAAUUAUGCCCAGUCUGGUAGAGUUUA